UGUGCAAUUAAGCCUAUGAGAAUCAAUGAUAUCAAUAUGCAAAUUGUUUUGCAAAACGUGAAACGGCGUCGUAAAAGCCUCCCUGUGGCCUGUCUGUACUGCACAUAUCUUUCGAACCCCACACGCACACGGUUCCUUGUCUUCUUCUUCCUCAACAACAACACCAUUCUCAACUUUGACUCACUUCAAAUUCAUACACCACCCUGGACGAUGGCUGCUUCGUUUUGUUACCAACCUGCGGGUCUUCAUGGUUCGCAAAUUGAUUCCCCUACAUCUGCAUCUUCUAGAAUGUUCACAAGGUUCCUCUCAAUGCGCUUUGCCUGCAAUGCUGGCCACCUUAAACUGCAUCAUCCCCUUCUUGCAUCCACUUCUCAUGCCGCUGUUGUUGAUCCCACAUCACACUCCAUUCAUCACCACUUAUCAUCUGGGUCUGAUGAGUCUGGGACUGAGAGUACUUUGAUAUUGAUUCGGCAUGGCGAGUCUUUGUGGAAUGAGAAGAAUUUGUUCACUGGAUGUUGUGAUGUGCCUUUGACCAAGAGAGGAGUGGAGGAAGCCAUUGAAGCUGGUAAAAGGAUUAGUUGUAUACCGAUCGAUGUCAUUUUUACAUCUGCGUUGAUUCGAGCACAGAUGACAGCCAUGCUCGCGAUGACUCAGCACCGCCGAAAGAAGGUUCCUAUUAUUAUCCAUAAUGAGAGUGAACAGGCAACAACUUGGACUCAAGUUUACAGUGAAAAAACCACUAAGCAGUCAAUUCCAGUUAUAACAUCUUGGCAAUUGAAUGAAAGAAUGUAUGGGGAGUUACAGGGUCUUAAUAAGCAGGAAACUGCAGAAAGAUACGGACAGGAAAAAGUGCAUGAGUGGCGUCGAAGUUAUGAUAUUCCACCUCCCAAGGGUGAGAGCCUGGAAAUGUGUUCACAGAGAGCUGUUGCCUAUUUUAAAGAUUUUAUUGAACCCCAACUAAAAUCAGGAAAGCACGUGAUGGUUGCUGCUCAUGGGAACUCAUUGAGGUCUAUUAUAAUGUAUCUUGAGAGACUAACCUCACAAGAGGUCACUAAUUUAGAAUUAUCAACUGGCAUACCAUUGCUUUACAUAUAUAAAGAGGGGGAGUUUAUUAGUAGAGGAAGUCCUGUGGGGCCUACAGAAGCUGGUGUCUAUGCAUAUACUCAGAGCUUAGCUGUUUACAGACAACAGUUGGAAGAAAAGUCACAUUGAAGUUUUAGAUCCAAUGUGAAAGAUCAAAAUUGCAUGCUACAAAAUUAUCCGAAGGGAAUUGAUCAAUCCUUGACACUUGACAGUGAAAUCUGUGGUGGUAAAACAUGGGAGUCCUGAUAUUUUCUGCACAGUAGAAAUGCAGUUUAGCACCGAAAACAAUUUUGGUUAGAGAGAAAUUGUAAAAAACAAGUUUGGUAAUGUAUGUUUAGAAUUUGAUUAUUUCUCAAUGGGAGUGAACUCACAUUAUUGGUAAAGCUUCCAUGUUUUAGAACUAAUAGGGAAAUGGAUUUAUGGUUAGAUUCAAAAUAGUAUAAACGAAUUUUCAUAUUUUUUAC